GUGCUAGAGCCAGCCCCGCCUACCGUCUUCCGCUCUCCUUCACAGAAGCCUCAGACCACUUCGCAGAUCUCGUCGUUUCUAGACUUGCUUCUCCGUCUCGGUCCAGGAUGCCGCGUGGAAGCCGCAGCCGCACCUCCCGCGUGGCCCCGCCGGCCAGCCGUGCCACUCAGAUGAGAGCUGCACCCAGGCCAGCUCCUGCAGCUCAGCCGCCAAUGGCAGCCCCAGCAUCUGCUGUGGGUUCUCCUGCAGCUGCGCCCCGACAGCCAGGGCUGAUGGCUCAGAUGGCUUCCACAGCUGCUGGUGUGGCUGUGGGCUCUGCCGUUGGGCACACCCUGGGCCAUGCAAUCACUGGGGGCUUUGGUGGAGCUGGUAAUGCUGAGCCUGCCAGGCCAGACAUCACUUACCAGGAACCCCAGGGAGCCCAGCUGGGACAGCAGCAGCAGCAGCUUAGUGGCCCAUGUUCCUAUGAGAUAAAACAGUUUUUGGAGUGUGCCCAGAACCAAGGUGACUUUAAGCUCUGCGAGGGCUUCAAUGAGGUGCUGAAGCAAUGCAGAAUUGCAAAUGGACUGGCUUAACCAUCAAGUUCAAGUUGAAGAAAUAGAAAAUCACCUCUGAUGACCAAGUUGAUUGAACAUGGAAAUGUAAUUGCUAGUGAUACUAUAGAGUGUAAAACUAAGUUAAUUUCUUGUUAUUAAUCUCUUCCUUGCUUCACAGUGGCCAUGGAAGAGGGUGUUGUGACUUUUUAAUAGAGGUUCACUGAGAUGGUGGUAUAGAAUUGGAGCUGACAGGUCUACAGCUGUUCUGAUGUUAUUUUGAGUUAGAAUAAAGUGAUUUCUUCCAA